UACAUGGCUCAUUACGUCACAGAGCACGAGCCGCUCCCCAUUCCUGAGCAGGUGCAGGUGAUUGGGUGAUUGUCUCAGAGGGACAUGAACUCUGAACUCAGACGAAACUCUGGACCAGGAAACUUCACUUUUUACCUGGAGCUGGGUGUGAUCUGGAGGUAAAAACUCGCCGCUGUGCUGACCAGGAUUAAUAAAAGGAUUCAGUCCAUGGAGUCUGGAUCAAGAGCGAGGAUCGAUUCAUCACUAUUUCCGUUUUUAAUCCAGAAUGACUCGCUGUGAUUGACGACCAGGACACCAUGGAGAUCCAGAAGAGUCUGUCUGCUUGUUGGCAGAGUUUUCUGGCUUGUUUUAAGAAGCCAAACCGAGAGAGCAGCACGGAUAAAUCAGCCACGGUGAUCGAGAAUCGCGGAGCUGUUAAACUCUCAGAGACUAAACCUGCUGUGGAAAGAAGUGUGAAACCUCAGGCAGGCAGGUCAGAUGUGUAUUACAUCGCUCAGUACGACUACUCUGCUCGGACUGAGGAGGACUUGAGUUUUAACGCUGGAGACACUUUAGAGGCUCUGGAUAAGAGUGCAGGAGAGUGGUGGUUUGCUAAAGCUCUGACCGGGAUCUCAGCCUCCAAACAGGGCUACAUCCCUGCGAACUAUGUGGCUCCUGUGGAGAGUGUCGAUGCUGAACCAUGGUAUUUUCCGGACACCAAGAGGCUGGAUGCGGAGAAGAUGCUGCUGGCAGAGGGAAACCUUCACGGAGCGUUCCUCAUCAGAAACUGUGAAAGUCAGAAAGGAGAGCUGUCCCUCUCAGUGCUGGACAGUCGAAAGGUGAAACACUACAAACUAAAAAAACUGGAGAAUGGUCAGUACUUCGUGUCGAGGACCCGAACCUUUCAAACACUGAAGGAGCUGGUGGAACAUUACUCCGAGCAGGCCGACGGGCUCUGUGUUCGUCUGGGUGAACCAUGUCUGAAGAUGGAGGCUCCACAGACCCACGGUCUGUCAUACAACACUGUGGACCAAUGGGAGAUUGACCGUAAGUCCAUCAAGCUGCUAAAUAAGCUGGGAGCCGGUCAGUUUGGAGAAGUUUAUGAAGGCCUGUGGAACGACACCACGGCAGUCGCAGUGAAGACCCUCAAAUCUGGUUCCAUGGACCCAGAGGACUUCCUGCGAGAGGCCCAGAUCAUGAAGAGGCUGCGGCACCCCAAGCUGAUCCAGCUGUACGCCGUGUGCACCAUGGAGGAGCCGAUCUACAUCAUCACAGAGCUGAUGAAGAACGGCAGCCUGCUGGAGUACCUGCAGAAGGAUAAGGGUGCCACACUAAAGCUCUCAGACCAGAUCGAGAUGGCUGCUCAGGUGGCAGCAGGUAUGGCCUACCUGGAGUUACAGAACUACAUCCACAGAGACCUGGCAGCCAGGAACGUGCUGGUGGGAGAGAACAACAUCUGCAAGGUGGCCGACUUUGGCCUUGCCAGGGUCUUCAUGAAAGAGAGUGAAAGUGUGUAUGAAGCCAAAGAAGGGGCUAAAUUCCCUGUGAAGUGGACCGCUCCAGAGGCCAUGAAUGAAAACAAGUUCACCAUCAAAUCCGACGUCUGGUCCUUUGGGAUUUUACUGUAUGAGAUCAUGACAUUUGGACAGAUGCCAUACCAAGCUAUGACAAACAUGCAGGUGAUGAAUCGGGUCAUUCAGGGCUACAGGAUGCCAUGCCCUCCCGGCUGUCCCAAACUCAUACAUGAACUUAUGAUGGAUUGUUGGAAGGAGAACGCGCAGGAUCGACCCUGUUUUGAGACCCUGCAGUGGAAGUUGGAGGACUACUUUGAAAUGGAUGUAACUUCGUACGAUGAUGCUAACAGAUACUAGCAUGCUGACUGGCUGUGACUUGUGGAAAAGACAAUGACACCCAUCAAAAUCACCUGAAUCCAAACAUGCACAUGCACUGUUCUUUAAAGAAGUAGCAGAUUCAAGUGUAAUUUAAAGCUCUUUUCAUUGCAGGAUCUUUUCUUUAUGAUUGAUCUGCAUGUGAUUGAAUACUGUAGCUGCAGUGAGGAAGCUUUUUUAGAUGCAACACUCUGAGCUUUGCUUUGUUCGACAACUGAAUGCACUUUGAAACAGGCUGUUUUUGUGUUCUGAAGCACAUUUGACUGGAUGAAGCCUCUUUCAGCACAGACACAAAGCUGCUAUCCGCCAGUCUCGAUGAACCGGUUCGUCUUGCACGCCACAUAGCUUACAUUUUUUCCACUGGCUACGUGCUGAGCUUUUACCUGAAGAGGAAGGUCCCUCUGACGACGAGUGAGUCAUUUCCAAGUUUCUUCUUUUUGACUCUGUUAUUUAGAGUAACACUGAAUGAUUGAUGGGCUCAAUCAUGAUCCAAUGAUAACUCCUGUUUACUACUGAAUGCAUGUGAAGAAAGAUGACAGGCUCCAGUAGACAGACCACGUUUUCCAUUGAAACUAUUUCACUCAGAGUCAAAACCACUCCUUCCAUUACAUAAUAAAAUACUUUUAGAUUUUGUCAUUGCCCCAUUGUAAUGACUGCUACUAACAAAAAAACAUGGGCAGGUUUACAUUCAGGUUUGAAGGCGUCAUAGACAGGGAAUAAAAUCACACAAACUUUAAAUCCAUGGUUUCCAUUUAUGUUAAAAUCCUCCAAAAGCACACAUUAGACUAGUUUUUCUCAACUGGUCUUUCCUAAGGGUCUACCACAUCCUCCUUGAGGGCAAAUCCCAACUCAAUUUUCAACCACUUAAAUUUCCGAGUAACAAGUAGUGCAGAUUAGACUUGAUCCAAAAAACAGCUUAUCCUUUAAAAUAAAAUCACAUCAAAGGCUUUUUGCCACUUUUUUUUUCAGGCACGCAUCUCUGACCCAUUACAAAUGACUCUGGGACCCCGUUUUGACACCUUCCUUUUCUAGUAUUAAUUUUAUUAAUGAAACUAUGAAAGAAGAAGUAUGGCAGAUGAUCACCGUGAGGACUGAUUGGAAAAAGUAGUAAGCUAAACCUGAUAAAUGAAGUGCCUUUUAUUUGUAUUACAUUCUAGCUUAAACAGCUAUACAUUUGGCUCACUUCAGUCUUAAAGUUGUUAACUGAUUUUAGAUAUACACUGUGCAGCCCUCUGACUCACCACAAAGAUGAAGGAGGAAAAGAGAAGAGAGAAAACAGGUGAAGCAACAUGUUUCUUUGUUGUUGUGGUACUUAAAUACCAAUGAGAACAAACACCUUCAAAGUUGCAUGUAGCUGUCAUGUUCACCCUCGUAGGUUUAACCACAGCAAUCAGCAUGUCCAUACCAUUAACAUAUCAGGACAAGCUGCUACCAAAAGUGAGAACACCCUCACCUGCUGGCCUUGUGUAUAAGCGUCUGCCUCGAGAGUCAUGCCAGUGUAUCUGUGAUUGUAGCUGUGUCACCUGCAGCCUUAACACACAUGUAGAAGAUGCACAGACUCUGCCUGCACAGUGCUCAGUUCAGACUGCUUGAGAUAUCAGACAGGAUUUUUUAUGUAGAUCAGUUAUAAAAAAAUGAGAAAACUCUGUUUUUGUUCUCAUCAAACUACACAGAAGUGGCAGCAUUAGUGCUUCAGAUCAUGGCCAUUGCAGUUGUAAAAGAACGUAUCAUUGAGCCCUAAUCAUUGUUAUUGUUGUCCCUGUUGCGUAGGUCUUGUAAGAGACAUUAUAACGGCAGUCGCCAUAAUUCCACAAGCUGGACUUCUUUUUUUUAACCUACUACUUAUCUGGUGGCUUAGUUCAAUUCAUUAAUUGUAUACACCAUUAACAGGCUGCUGAUGCUUCCCAAUCUACUCACACUCAUCAGCUAUUAUUAAGUCAGAGCCAGCCUGAUCUUGAUUUAAACUCCAAACAUGUUGACUCAAUUGUAGCCAGUAAAAUAAUCAUAUUUAUACCACUCACUUGAGGAUUAUUUUGCCAAAUAAUCAGUUGUGACAAGCCUGGAAUCACUGAUCAUUGUGGGUGCAAAUUGGAGCCAAAAUAGUGCCUGAUAUCAUACAGUGGUUAGCCAACCUUAGCUUUCUUUUGCGGUUGCAUUUAAGCCCAUACGCCGUUAUCAGAGUUGCUUUAUGGCCUCUUUUUUCCUAAAGACCGAAGUCUUCUCCUCGUUCAUAGUUUGGAUGCUUGGUCCAUAUCUGACCAUCAAAUCUGUGUCAUCAUUUGAAUUUGCACUUAUUUAGUUGUGAUUAAAACGUUAGCAUGACGGUGGAUGAUGGACACCACUUAGAGGGAUCUGUGGGGCGAAUGCCCUAUACUUGGAAGGACUGUAGAGUUUCUACAAAGAAUAAUCCUUUUGUAUGGGUGCACAAUGGUGAAGUGGUUAGUGCUGUCAUCUCACAGAGCAAAAAGAUUCCCGGUUCAAAUCCUGAUCAGAAAGGAUCUUCGCGUCUGGAGUUUAAUUGGUGGUUUUUCUCUUGGUACUCUGGCUUCCUCCAAAAGACCAAAGACAUGUUUGUUAGGCUGAUUGGUGACCCUAAGUUGACCGUAGAUGUGAAUGUGAGCAUGACUGGUCGUCUCCGUGUGUCAUCCCUGUAAGUGACUGGCAAUCAGUCCAGGGUGCCCCCCCCCCCCCCCCCCCAUUGACUGCCAAAACAGGAUAACUGGUAUAGAUAAUAGAAAAUUACAAUUUUAUAAUUAGAAAAGUGUCUUAUAAAUCCUUUUAACAAGCUGAUUUUAUGGUUGCUGUCGUUUGUCUGCACUUUCUCUCAUAUUUCUGUCUUAAUUUAUAUGUACAAAUAAAGUUUUUUGCAAAGGCAGUAAUAAUAUUUAACAUCACUGGAAUACAUUCUUCUCUGUAUGAGCCAGGACCCCACAUUUUUGCAGCUGAGGGGCCUUAUACAUGUUUUAAAGGGCCUGAAAUGAACUCAUUUGCCCUUUUCAGUCAUAUUACUCCACAACACCCACAGUCUUCUGUUAUUAUGAGGUACUAUAAGUUGAUUGCUUUUUUUUUUUGACGAUUUUAUUCAUGUUGAAUUUACAGUUUACUGAUCAAUGACUGAACAAUGUGACUUUGUACUUAAACCCUCCUCUUAAUGAUUUUUGUUCAAAGCUGCAGAUCUGCUCUCAACAUGUGCCUACAUUGUUUAGAGCCAGCUCCAGCUGUUUGAUGUUUGAGACUCAUGUUUAGAGGCAGAAUGAGUAAGAUUCAUAGAGGAUAAAAUGCAAUGAUAACACAUGUUUGGAACAGGCUCACCACUCUGCACAACUGUCUACUGCCACUGCAUGACUUAAAGUGACUGCAGCUGCAGAAAAACCAAUGCAUAACUAAAUGUGACAUCCUCUGCAGAAAUGGACAACUUCUAGUGUGAAAGAUGUGAUGGAGAAAGAUUGAAAAAGUCCAAACUGUUUUUAUCAGAAAUUAAAUCCAGCUCAUUCUGUCUUAAUAUCACUGAAACUAAUGCAUUAUCUCCUGAUGAUGAUUUUUUUCUGAUAUUUCUUCUGUCAUGAACAAAAUCUUAAUGUAUGUUUUCACCAUGGAAGUGUUUGUAUAAUCCCAAUGUAUUUUUACACAAUUAUCCUUUAUGCAUAAUAUAA